AUGUCCGCGGUCUACAACCUUGAGCCUCCACCCACCGCCAAAGUCCUCCUAACAACCACAUCCGGCGACCUCUUGCUCGAGCUCUUCGCAAAGCAGACACCCCUCGCUAGCCGGAACUUCCUUCAACACUGCCUCGAUGGCUACUACAACGGUACACUGUUCCACCGUCUCGUGCCCGGUUUCAUAAUACAAGGCGGCGAUCCCACAAACACUGGCGAUGGGGGCGAAUCCGUCUUCCCGGGAGGGGCGCCAUUCGAAGAUGAGUUCCACAGCAGACUCAAAUUUAGCAGGAGAGGGUUGUUGGGAAUGGCAAAUGAAGGGACGAAGGGGAGUAACGGGAGCCAGUUCUUCCUUACGCUGGGGGAGACCAGGGAGCUGGAGGGAAGGAAUACGUUGUUUGGGAGGGUGGUUGGAGAUACGAUCUAUAAUUUGAUGAAGAUGGGGGAGGCGGAGCUGCAGGCGGGAGAGGGAACAGAUAGGCCGAUUUAUCCUACGACGUUUACUGGGGCGGAGAUCUUGGUGAAUCCUUUUGAGGAUAUGGUAAUGAGAGAGGUGAAGGCGAGAACAGAGGUUGGGCAGAAGCAGGAGGGCAAGAAGAAGGGAAAAAAGAAGGGUGCGAAGGUGCUGCUGAGCUUUGGGGGUGAGGAGGGUGAAGAUGGUGUGGUGGAGCCGGUGCUGAAGAAGGAGAAGUUCAAUACGAAGCUGGUUAGUGCCAGUGGUGAUGCAGGACCAAAGAAGGCGGUCAAUAGAGCUUUAAAGCCCCCCGAGCGGGGUGUGGAGAAGAGCAUACGGCGAAGGUCAUCUCGGUCGAAGACUCCGCCCCACAGGGUUGAACCCAACAAGGAGAUGCAGCUUCCGCUGCCCCAAGAUGAAGAGCCGUCAAGGUCACCGUCUAGCUCGCCAGAGCCAGCGCAGGUGGACAAAGUCUCUAGCUUACUGGACAAGACGAAUGCCCAGAUUGCAGAUUUGAAGGCUUCUAUGAAGCGCAACGUGCAAAUGGCACCAGCUGCUGAUACUAGGAAGAAGUCUGCCCUGGAACAGAUGAUCCCAGAAACCUCCAUGCGUGGGCGUAAGCGCAAGCAUAACGGUGAUGCACCUGCAGACAAGCAGACACUGGACAUACUGAAUGCAUUCCGCGCUAAGCUGGAACAGGCACCUCCAGAGAUUGAACCCGCCAAAACACAUGUGACUCAUGAGCAAGACAAGCAAGACGGAGUCAAUGGUCAUGACAAAAAAGAAGUAAUCAACAAUGAUGAUGAUGAUGAUGAUGAUGAUGAAGCAAAAUUAUGCGAUCUUCACUUUAUUGCCAACUGCCAGUCAUGUCAGUCGUGGUACAAUGAUAUGUCAAACAAUGCCAACGGGCAGGAUGAUGAUAAUCAAGGAUGGAUGUAUCAUGCUUUGAGCUUUGAAAAGGACAGGUUGGGCAAGGAUUUGAAUUGGAAGAAAAAGAACGAGGAGGAGCUGGUUGUGAUUGAUCCUAGGGAGAAGGCGAAGGAUAUCAGGGAGGAGCAGAGAGCGAAAAAAAUGGCUAGGAUGGGUGGGAGUAGUGCCUGGGACAGGGAUAGAGAUCGGGGCCGAAUACCAGAUAGGAGAGCGGGUGAGAAGGGGUGA